GAGGUUUACGCGACCGAACUGUUCUGCGUCUCCGUCGUCUGUUUCAGUUUUUCAUUUCUCAGCAGAUCCAUAUCCUCUUCUUCCCUGUUUCUCCUCUCAUGGCGACCCCCAUCGACGAACCUCGCUUGGAGAAUGGAACCGCACCGGAGUCCGAAUCCGACCAGAAUCUGACCGCUGAACCUCACUCCGACCACGAUCCAGUACCCGAAAUCGUUGCCCAGCAAUCGGAACCGAACUCGGGGUCAGAUCCCGAGGCGAAGCCGGAAGAAGAACAACCGAAGAUAAUCAUUGCGGAUCGUACGGCUGAAGGAUCUGAGGAUAAUCCGAUCCCGUCGACGGAUGCCGACAAGGAAUCCUCCAAUGCCCAGCAAUCGCGACCCGUUCUCACAAAGGACGAAGGCAACAAGACAUUCACCAUGAGAGAGCUGCUCAGCGAAUUAAACAGCGAGGAAGGAGAUGGCAGUGCUCACGGUUCUGGUUCCCCUUACAGCGAGGAAAGUCCUUCUCAACCAGUGGAGAGCAAUCCCGCAAUGGAUCUUAUCAACAGUAUCCAAGUUAAUGACGAGGAGGGCCGAUCUCGCCAACGUGUUCUUGCAUUUGCUGCCCGCAAGUAUGCUAGCGCGAUCGAACGCAACCCGGAAGAUCAUGAUGCAUUAUAUAAUUGGGCACUGAUUCUUCAGGAAAGCGCUGAUAAUGUCAGUCCUGAUUCCGUUUCACCUUCUAAAGACGAUUUGCUCGAGGAGGCUUGUAAGAAGUACGAUGAGGCAACCCGUCUAUGUCCUACACUUUACGAUGCUUACUACAACUGGGCGAUAGCAAUCUCUGAUAGAGCAAAGAUGCGUGGUCGUACCAAGGAGGCUGAAGAACUGUGGGAACAGGCAACUAAAAACUAUGAAAAAGCUGUCCAGCUCAACUGGAACAGUCCUCAGGCCCUGAACAACUGGGGACUCGCUUUGCAGGAACUCAGUCAAAUCGUUCCUGCUCGGGAGAAAGAAAAAGUUGUCAGAACUGCAAUUAGCAAGUUUCGGGCAGCAAUCAGGUUGCAAUUUGAUUUUCAUCGAGCCAUAUACAACCUUGGAACUGUUCUGUAUGGAUUAGCUGAAGACACACUAAGAACCGGGGGUUCAGGCAACGCCAAAGACGUGCCUCCUGGUGAGUUGUACAGCCAAUCUGCCAUCUAUAUUGCUGCUGCUCACGCGUUGAAGCCAAGCUACUCAGUUUACAGUAGUGCUUUGAGACUCGUGCGUACCAUGCUACCUCUACCGCAUCUUAAAAUUGGGUAUCUGACGGCACCGCCCAUGGGAAACCCGCUUGCCCCUCACAGUGAUUGGAAGCGUUCAGAGUUUGGGCUCAAUCACGAGAGGCUUCAACAGGUGGUGAAGCCCGAACAGAGAGAAAUGGAGCGAAGCCUCUCAGGGAAACCCGAGGCAUUGGAAGCUGAAAAGAAGACAAUAAAAGUGAACAUUCCAGACAUUGUGUCAGCAUCUGCUUGUGCUGAUCUUACUCUUCCUCCGGGGGCUGGUCUCUGCAUUGAUACAAUCCAUGGCCCUCUUUUCUUGGUUGCAGAUUCAUGGGAAACUCUGGAUGGAUGGCUGGAUGCGAUCCGAUUGGUUUACACCAUCUACGCGAGAGGGAAGAGUGAUGUGUUAGCCGGCAUCAUCACCUCUUGAUGCCACAACUUUCACUACUUGUUUAUGCUAUUUGUUCUUUUGGGUUUAUAUGAUGGUAUUAUGAUUAAAAAAACCUUUUUUGUUUUUGUUUUUUUGAUGCUAUGUGUCUCUUUAGAUUGUUGUUGAGAUGCUAUUUUUAAUCCUCUUAUAUAAAGUAGCAAGUUUUUUUUCUUC